AUGGAGUACGGCAGCCCGGACGUGGGCGACAACUGCGACUCGACCUCGUACUACGAGGACUUUGAGGGCCGGCCGAUCCGCGAAGGCGGCGUGCUCAACAUCUACUCGUGCGAGAACAUUGGCCUCAUCAUGAACUACGUGUGCACGGGCUGGGUCGAGGCCAUUCUGCCGGCGACCAUCUACCCGUUCCUGACCAACUACCUCAACAUGGACGGCUACCAGACACAGGCCGCCUAUGUGCUCAUCACACUGCCCUACAUCCUCAAGACGGUCUUUGCGCUUCUCUCCGACUGCCUCCCGAUCAUGGGCCGCCGGCGAAAGCCGUAUAUGGUCAUUGGCUGGAUCAUCUCGUUCACGCUCAUUGUGGUUGCGAUCUUUGACACGCAGGGCUCGCCGUACUGGGCGUACGGCGACGACAACCUCUUGGACGACCCGGAACUGUUGCGCACGAUCAUCAACGCGAACGCGCCGAACGAAGGCUUUCGCUACGUGAUGUACAUGAUGUUUGCGUCCUUUGGCUUUGUCAUGGCCGAGACCGCGGGCGACGCCGUCAUGAUUGAGUUUGCGCAGCGCGAGCCCGCCAACAUCCGUGGCACGACGCAGACCAUGGUGACGCUCGCCAAGUUUCUCAGCGGCGGCGUUGGCGCCGUCAUUGUCGCCAUUUGCUUCAACGGCACCGAGUACGGCGGCACGUUCGGCUGGUCGCUCACGUACAACCAAGUCAUGAUCCUCGCCGCCAUCGGGCCCGUCGUCGGCUUUAUCUCGUCGUUCUUCAUUCCGGAUCAAAUCAUCCUCGGCGACUCGUUCCAGGACCGGUUCCGGGACCUCUGGAGCGCGGGCAAGAAGCGGGCAGUGUGGCAGCUCAUGGCGUUCAACUUUUUCAACGCCUUCUUCUUCGACGCGGUCGCGGCGCCGUCCGAUAUCAUCAAGCGGUCGUGGGCCCAAGUCGAGCCGUUCGUCGACGGAGUCUUCUCCAACGUCCUCGCCGUCUUUCUCUUCUCGCUCGCGAUGCAUUUCACGCGGCAAUGCUUUCUCCACACCAACUGGCGCAUGAUCAUCCUUGUGACGACCAUCGUCACGGUCGUCAUCCAGUGGACGGUCGACUUUCUCUGUGUCUUUGACGUCAUUCGGUCCCAGUACUUUUACAUGGGCGUGCCGCUGACGUACCAGAUCCCCGUGGCCAUCCGCGGCAUCGUCGUGAGCUUUGCGACUGUCGAGAUUGCCGACGAGCGCUUCGAAGCCUCAACGUAUGCGCUCAUUUCGACCAUGCACGCGGUGGCCGGCCCGAUUUCGACGUCGAUCUUCAAGCAGAUCGACGCGCAGUUUCGAGCGUACAAGACCGACAUUGCGACUGAUACGCCGGCCGUGCGCUGGGAGGUCGCCUACUGCCUUCUCUUUUGCUACGGGUCGCGCCUCUUCUCGAACGUGACGCUCUUUCUGCUGCCGCGGCAGAAGAAGGAGGCGCAGGAGCUGCGGCUCCUUGGCGACACCAACCCGCACCUCUCGAUCUUCAUGCUCGUCCUCGGCGGGUUUGCGCUCGUGUGGGGCGUCGCUACCAACAUCAUGUCGAUCGACCCCAACACGGCGUGCAUGCCGCUCGCCGGUGGCCCCGGGUGCUGA